AUGUCUGAACCCGGGCCCUCCUCGAUCCCAACAAGUGCCGACCCUCGCAGUCAGCGCCCAACGAAGCGCCGCGCCGUAACCCCUCACGGCGAACAAGCCGACGCUGUUGCCUCGCUCUUCCGCGACCCAAGCAAAGAAAUAAGGUUGCCCGGGACAUCCAACCAAAAAACCGCGUCAUCGCUUCCCGCGCCCCCCGAAAUCGUCGCCAACGUGCAGGGUUCGUCGGCCGGUGCGGGGUCCGGCGAGUUCCACGUUUACAAGGCUAGUCGGAGACGGGAGUAUGAGCGGCUACGGCUUAUGCAGGAUGAGGUUGAUCGGGAGAAAAACCAGGAUGACUGGCAGAAGAAGCAGGAGGAGGUGAGGAAGAAAGACGAGGAGAAGACGGAGAAGAAUCGGAAGAGAAGGGAAAAGAGGAAUAAAGCGAAGGCAGGGAAGAAGAAGAACGGGGGUGCUGGGAAGGAGGACGAUGUGAUGGACACUACGGCAGAGGGAAGAGGCCCGACAAAUGGGUCUGGAGGACAUGGUGAGGGGGACCAGACGGAGGCGGCUGUCGAGACGCCGGGUGUUAUUAUCCAUGAGGAUUGA